AUGAAAUAUGAAGGCAUACAAGUGUUCAGAUCCAGUGUUCAAAAUGAAGAUCUAAUGUAUAAUAAUGGCUAUCAAUGGGAGAUUACGAUCGAUAAAUUUGGUUCCAAACAAUGGCAAAAUUGUGACCAAGGAACUACCGUUGAUCCCGACAAUCAAUAUGAUCACAAAGACCUCAUAUUUCGGGCAUCGAAUGCAAGUGACAACCAAUGGGUCGUCAUUUACAACAAGAAGUGGCGAAACAUAUCGUGUUAUUCACCGCAAGUGAAAAAACUAGUGACUAAUAAAACCAAAUGCAGAGAAUUGAAUGGACGAAACCAAAUCGUUGUUAAAGCCAUCGAUCCAUCGAUUGUUAAGAGUAUCGAUGGUAUCGUUGAGAAACAGUCGGGAAAUGUAAUCCACGGAUACUAUGUAUUCUUCAGACGAGACGGACGGCCAGUCAUUUGCGACAAAUCUAUGUUCGACCCGAAGAAUAGGUGCAAAGAGAAGACAGACAUAAGGGAAAAGAAGACUUCACCGAAAGACACAAAAUAG